CAUUUUUUUUUUUUCGCUAAUUACUAUGUUUGCUGCUGCCGGGCCCUCGAAAAUAAACCAGUGUCGCGGAAGAUCGACGAUUCGCAGUCAACCAUUUUAUGAACACCUUGAUUCGUCGCCGGAGAAAUUGUCGCCACCUUCUCAAUGUCAGACCUCUUUCGGUCAUCGCCAAUGCGAAAUCAGAUUUACCAUCCUUCGGGCGCCGUAAUGUCGACAAGGUGGCAAUUUUGCACGACGGCUUGCGUUCCUGUGCAAGAACGGGUUCGGUCAUGGAGGCCAGCGCCUGCCACGCGCACGUCGUCCGUCUGGGGUUGGAAUCCGACGUCUUGGUCUCGAACAUGGUCGUCAAUGCGUACUCGAAAUGCGGGGUCACGAGUCUUGCCCGGAAGGUGUUUGAGGAAAUGCCUCACAGGAACUUGGUUUCUUGGAAUACCAUGAUCAGCUCUCACUCCCGGAACGGGGAAGAGCAAGAAGCUCUCUAUCUUUUCACGCGGAUGCAGAGGGAAGGCACGCGGUUUGGCGAAUUUACUGUUUCUAGCGUUCUUUGUGCUUGCGCUGCUAAGUUGGCUGUGCUCGAGUGUAAACAGCUCCAUGCUUUUGCCACGAAGAGUGCUGUGGAUUCUAACGUUUUUGUCGCGACGGCACUGCUUGAUGUUUACGCAAAAUGUGGGUUGAUAGGGGAUGCAAGUUUGGUUUUCGAGUUUAUGCAAGAGAGGAGCGAUGUAACAUGGAGUUCAAUGAUGGCGGGAUAUGUGCAAAACGACAUGUGUGAGGAAGCCUUGUCGCUGUUUUGCAGGGCUCAGGUGGUGGGGCUAAAAUAUGACCACUAUAUGGUUUCUUCUGCAAUUUCUGCUUGUGCAGGUCUGGCGGCUCUUAUUGAAGGAAAACAGUUCCAUGCCGUUAUAUGUAAAUCUGGGUUUGGUUCCAAUAUUUUUGUGUGCUCCUCUCUCAUUGACAUGUAUGCUAAAUGUGGCACUGUUAGAGAGGCUUCUCUUGUGUUUUCAGGUGCAGAAGAGAAGAGUGUUGCUUUGAUGAAUGCAAUGAUAUCGGGUUUUGCGAAACAUGCACGGUCCUUGGAAGCAAUGAUUUUAUAUGAGAAGAUGCAGCAGAUGGGUAUAUAUCCAAAUGAAGUGACAUAUGUUUCUAUGUUAUCUGCUUGCAGUCACACGGGUUUGGUUGAAAAUGGAAGGAAGUACUUUGAUUUAAUGACCAGAGAUCAUAACGUCUUUCCAAAUGUCCUUCAUUAUUCAUGCAUGGUUGACAUUCUUGGUCGGGCUGGGUUGGUUGAUGAAGCAUAUGAUUUGAUAAUUCGGAUGCCCUUUGAUGCCACUCCAUCGAUUUGGGGAUCACUGUUGGCCUCUUGCAGGAUCAGUGGAAAUCUGGGCAUUGCUGAGGUUGCAGCCAAGAAAUUAUUUGAGCUCGAGCCUCAUAAUGCUGGAAAUCAUAUCUUGCUAUCAAAUACAUACGCAGUGAAUAAGAUGUGGGAUGGAGUUUCUACAGCUAGGAAACUCCUAAAAGAUAGUGAAGUGAAGAAAGAGAAGGGUAAGAGUUGGAUUGAAAUCAAGGAUAAGGUCCAUUCUUUUGUGGUUGGGGACAGAAUACAUCCCAAGAUCGCUGAUGUUUAUCUGAAGUUGGACGGUUUGUUUAAUGAGGUGGAGAGAUGGGGUUAUAGAGCUGAAACUGAACACGACCUUCAUGACUUGGAGGUGAUAAAAAAACAAGAGCUUUUAAGGCAUCACAGUGAGAAGCUAGCUCUUGCUUUUGGCUUGUUGUGCUUACCUCCAAGUGCACCAAUUAGAAUUAUGAAGAAUCUCAGAAUUUGUGUAGAUUGUCAUUCCUUUAUGAAGAUUGCGUCAGGCGUCACAAACAGAGAAAUCAUCGUGAGAGAUACAAACAGAUUUCACCACUUUAGUGAUGGAUGUUGUUCUUGUGCAGAUUUUUGGUGAAAAUACUAAUGAGCUCAGAACUCUCCAAUUUGGUGGAAGGGCCUUUUAUCAGGGAAAAGGAGUAACUUGGACUUUGGGUGCCUACUCUGGUGGAAAAGCUAGCAUUGCAUUAUAAUACUUCUUAAGGGGAAAAAACUGCAAUUGUUGGUGUGCUUGGUUGUCUCGUGCACUGUGUGGAUGAGCUCAAGCCGACUCUCAGAUUAAAUAAGCCGUGUUCAGCCCCGCUUUAUCGGCAGUACCUCUAGGGAAAGCAUUCAUGUCAACAAUCAAUUUGACAACAGCAGGGGAUUUUUUCGAAGGUUGAUUCAUGCGAAUCUUGAUCUUUAUCAGCCAUUAUCUGAUUUGACAUUGAUUUUGGCUAAUGAUCCUUUACAAAUCCAUCGUCCUUGGGUAGAGAGUCCCGUGCUCAAGAUUGGAUUGGUACAACUUUUGGAGGACACAAUUAAGAGAGGCUUUACAGAAUUGGGGGAAAAUGAGAAAUCUGUUGGCGUAGACUUAACCCUUAGGCUAUCGCUCCCCCAAGUGGGUGAUGAAGCAGAUCAAGUUGCACCUCAGUUAGGGUCAUCUUCAGGCACGCAUUUGGAUCUUAAGUCAAAGAAAGUUCAUGCUGAUGGUGGUAAGCCUAGAGAGCUUUCAUCAAUUGUGAUGGGAUGCACAAAUUGCUGGAUGUAUGUGAUGGUCAGCGAAAUAAAUCCAACAUGCCCAAAUUGUAACAGUUUCAUCUUGCUUGACAAGUUUCGCGGGGACCAGCUAAGAGCAUGAGGAAGAUGUAGCCUCAUUCAUCUUCCUUAAUUUCAAGUCAAGGAAGCUCUUGGUGCCAGACAACCAGCCUACUUCCUUUGGUGUUGCUUGUUCAACAUUAUCAUCCUUUACUUGUCAUUGUUGUUCUUUGUCCUUAUGUGAACUGUUGCGUACAUUUUGUUAUGCGUUUCCUUUGUGUGGUUGAAUCCCCUAAUAAUACAAUAUGUGGUUUAUUUUGAAGUGA